AUGAAUCUUACUCAAGACCUUACCCAAGACCUUACUCAAGAUCUUACUCAAGAUCUUACUCAAAACUUUACUCAAGACCUUAUUCAAAAUCUUACUCAAGACCUUACUCAAGAUCUUACUCAAGACCUUACUUAA